AGCUGCAAAGAAGAAGGGUUGUUACGUCUGUAGCAUCAUGCUAGCUACAGAGUGAGAGUUGGGUAAAAACAACUGCUCCUAAAAUCGGUCUUUUGGAAAACUUCAGCUAUGACUCAUUUUCUGUUAAGCUAAUACCCAUGUUCACCGAUAGUAGACACCAUGUCGGCUCUUUUAUUGCUGAACAGAGCUGGAAUCUGCAGAAAAUUCAGCAGAUGUGUGAUAUGGACGCUAUCAAGGCGAAACUAUCAAGUUUUAACAAACAAAGUGAUAUCCAGUGAAGGCGCUGGUAAUGUACUGUCCAGGUGUGCUAAUGUCAGGAAGACACUGCAUUUUCCAAGAUCAGAGCGGACUCUCACAGGUCAACCUCAGAAGAAACUCAUCCAGAGUCUUCUCCACAAACCUUUGAGUCCUGACAUGGUUGGACUCAGCAGAGCGUUAAUCAGAAGCAACCUAUUAAGGAAUCCAGUGGGUUUAUUAAAUUUAUUAGGGUCAACUAACUUUUUCAGUGCGUCUCAAGCCAAUAAACAGAAAAAUAAAAGUUCUGGGCCAAAGGGAAAAACUCCUCAGGAAGAUGAAGAGGAGAAGAAACGGCGUGAGCAGGAGGAUCAGAUGUACCGCGAGCGCCUGCGGACGCUCUUCAUUAUCGCAAUCAUCAUGAGCCUGCUUAACUCUAUUAAUACCAGUGGUGGCAACAUCUCCUGGAAUGACUUUGUCAACGAGAUGUUGGCCAAGGGUGAGGUGUCCCGAGUGCAGGUUGUUCCUGAGAGUGACAUUGUAGAAAUCUACCUUCAUCCUGGGGCUGUCAUCUUCGGGAGACCUAGGCUGGCACUCAUGUACAGAAUGCAGGUUGCAAACAUUGAUAAGUUUGAGGAGAAGCUGCGAGCAGCAGAGGAGGAACUAAAUAUCGACACUAAGGACAGGAUACCAGUGACAUACAAACGCACUGGAUUCUUUGGAAAUGCAGUCUAUGCUCUGGGAAUGGCUGCUAUAGGGGUGGCUAUUCUCUGGUAUAUCUUCCGACUUGCAGGCAUGGGCAGCAGAGAAGGCGGCUUCAGUGCUUUUAAUCAGCUGAAGAUGGCCAAGUUCACCAUUGUUGAUGGAAAAUCUGGGAAAGGAGUGAGUUUCAAAGAUGUAGCUGGCAUGCAUGAGGCUAAGAUGGAGGUAAAGGAAUUUGUUGACUACCUCAAGAGUCCAGAAAGAUACCUGCAGCUGGGAGCCAAAGUUCCUAAGGGAGCGUUGCUGCUCGGGCCUCCAGGAUGCGGCAAGACCCUGCUGGCCAAAGCUGUAGCAACAGAGGCCCAGGUGCCCUUUCUGGCUAUGGCUGGCUCUGAGUUUGUGGAGGUCAUUGGAGGUCUCGGCGCUGCCAGGGUCAGGAGCCUGUUUAAAGAGGCCCGUGCUCGGGCGCCUUGCAUCGUCUACAUAGAUGAGAUUGACGCUGUGGGGAAGAAGCGCUCCACCAAUAUGUCAGGUUUCUCCAACACGGAGGAGGAGCAGACUCUCAACCAGCUCCUGGUGGAGAUGGAUGGAAUGGGAACAACAGACCACGUCAUCGUUCUGGCCUCCACUAACAGAGCAGACAUUUUGGAUAAUGCUCUUAUGAGGCCAGGCCGGCUGGACAGGCACAUCUUCAUAGAUCUACCUACACUGCAGGAAAGGAAGGAGAUCUUUGAACAACAUCUAAAGAUCUUGAAGUUGACCCAACCAGCUAAUUUCUACUCUCUGCGGCUGGCUGAGCUCACCCCAGGCUUCAGUGGUGCAGACAUUGCAAACAUCUGCAACGAAGCUGCACUGCACGCUGCCAGAGAGGGGUUCAAGUCCAUCGAUACUUUUAACUUUGAGUAUGCUGUGGAAAGAGUGAUAGCAGGGAGCAUAAAGAAAAGCAAGAUUCUGUCUAAAGAAGAGCAGAGGGUGGUUGCCUUCCACGAGUCUGGACACGCCUUAGUAGGAUGGCUGCUGGAGCACACCGAGGCAGUGAUGAAGGUCUCCAUUGCUCCGCGAACGAAUGCCGCCCUGGGUUUUGCUCAGAUCUUACCCCGCGACCAGUACCUGCUCACCAAGGACCAGCUGUUCCAGCGCAUGUGCAUGGCUCUGGGAGGAAGAGCGGCCGAGGCCAUCACUUUUAACAAAGUCACCACAGGAGCUCAGGAUGACUUGAGGAAGGUGACACGUGUGGCUUACUCUAUGGUGAAGCAGUACGGUAUGUGCGACAGUGUGGGGCAGGUGUCGUUCCCUGAGACAGAGGAGCAAGGUGCUGUCGGGCGCCGUCCAUUCAGCCAGGGCCUGCAGCAACAGAUGGAUCAUGAGGCUAAGAUGCUGAUAGCUCGUGCUUACAGACACACAGAGAAACUGCUGCUGGACAACAGGGACAAACUGAUCCUGUUGGCCAACGCUCUAUUAGAGUGUGAGGUGGUGAACUAUGACGACAUCGAAGCCUUGCUGGGCCCGCCGCCGUUUGGGCCGAAGAAGAUCAUCCUCCCACAGAGCUGGGUGGAGGCAGAGAGGGACAAGCAAGACACAGAAGAGGAUGAACCUCAACCUCCUCCUCGCAAACAUAGAGAGGACGACGUUGAUCCGCAGAGCUGGUGGAGAAUUAAUACGAGCAGGGAAUCCUCAUAAAGCUUGUUCUGACAGUAAAAGUAAAGUUUGAAAAACUGUUGCUGAAUCACCUUCCAGAUUUGAUGAAUUUCUCUACAACUUUAAGAAUGUUGCUGAACUAUUAUUAUUCUCACAAUGUUUGCAAAGUUUGAAAGAAAGCUUUCUCAAUCAGGCUGCUCUUCAUAUACAGAUUGUGUAGAUAAUGUUUUCUUUUAGAAUGUGCUGUACAUGUCUGUUUAUACAAAUGUACUGUAGCAGAUUUGUGUCUGAAUUUAGGGAACAGAUGGCUCUUAACAUCUGCAAGAGGCAGUAAAGAUAAUAUAGGGCUAUUUAUAAAUACAAGCUACACUCUCCGACAGUUUCAUUUACGUUCAACUAAAAAGUUCACAUUUACAUAAAUGCAUCAUUCUGCAGCAAAAUGGACAUACAUUUCUGUGGGUAAAUGAAGCCUUGUACAAGCCAGUAAACUUGCUGCUAAAGCAAGCACUAAAAGGAAAAACAUGACUGGGCCUAGAAUAUAAGUCUUCAUUAUGUUGUUAGCAAGCAUGAAGUCAUUCUAAAUACUGUGUAAUGUUAUAAAAGGGUUGUGUGAAUUUUUGCUUCCAAACAAUAGAUAAGUGAAAAGGCACGACCUUUCAGCCUUUAAAGGUUUUUAAAAACAAUUAAAAUAUAAAUGCUGAUAUGAGAGACCUUUGCUCUCAGCUGUCGUAAGUGAGCUAUUACAUUUUCAUUUCUGGUUCUGUCAAUCUCAUUCAGUUCACCCACAAACUUCACUGAAGAUAAUUCAUAAUUUUAGUGAAGGAAUUUUUUUUUUUUUUUCUUCAUUUUAUUGGGUUGUAUACAAAAGACUCAUUUAUACAGGGAAAGAAAGUGGAAUCAAUUAGAAUGUUUUAUUUUAUGAGGAGGGAUUGUAAAUUGAUAACAAAAAUGUGUUGCCAAAUAUUUAAAUAAAUAUUUAAAAGCCGU